AUGUCUCUUGCAAGUGACAAGAAGGAUGCCGAUGUGGCGUCUACUACUACAACUGCGCAAGAUGAUGACAACUUGUCCACAUAUCAUGGUUUCGACCAUCAUGUGCAGGACCAAGUCAGACAGCUUGCCCGCACAUUGACUCAACAGAGCAGUCUGCAUCAAAAGAAAGAACACACUCUGCCUGAGGAAGGUAUCAACCCUAUCUUUACCAACACUGAGGCCGAUGACUACAACCCAAGAUUGGACCCUACUUCCGAUGAGUUCUCCUCUGCAGAAUGGGUUCAGAACAUGAGCAACAUUAGCAACUCAGACCCGGAUUACUACAAACCAUACUCCCUUGGCUGUUACUGGAAGGAUUUGGUCGCAACUGGUGAAUCUGCUGAUAUCGAAUACCAGGCCAACUUCUUGAACGGACCAUAUAAAGGUCUGAAAACUGUUUAUAACACGGUGGUGCCAUCCACAGCCUCUUCAAAGGACAAGAAUUUCAAGAUUUUGAAGUCUAUGGAAGGUGCCGUCAACCCAGGUGAGCUGCUAGUUGUGCUAGGUAGACCUGGUUCAGGGUGUACCACUUUGCUAAAAUCUAUCUCGUCUAAUACCCACGGUUUCAACAUCGCCAAGGAAUCUACUAUCUCCUAUAGCGGCAUGACUCCAAACGACAUCAGAAAACACUUCCGUGGUGAAGUUGUCUACAACGCUGAAGCCGAUAUCCAUUUACCACACUUGACUGUUUACCAAACUUUACUGACAGUUGCAAGAUUAAAGACUCCACAAAACCGUCUGAAAGGAAUCGAUAGAGAGACUUACGCUAGACAUUUAACGGAAGUGGCCAUGGCCACUUUUGGUCUUUCACAUACAAGAAACACCAAAGUCGGUAACGACUUAGUUAGAGGUGUGUCUGGUGGUGAACGUAAGCGUGUCUCCAUUGCUGAAGUCUCUAUUUGUGGUUCUAAAUUCCAAUGUUGGGAUAACGCAACGAGAGGUUUAGAUUCUGCCACCGCACUGGAGUUUAUCCGUGCUUUAAAAGUUCAAGCCAGUAUUUCCAACGCUGCUGCUACUGUGGCUAUCUACCAAUGUUCUCAAGAUGCAUACGAUCUAUUCGAUAAAGUCUGUGUGCUUUACGAUGGUUAUCAAAUUUACUUUGGACCUGCUGGUAAGGCUAAGGAAUAUUUUCAAAAGAUGGGUUACGUUAGUCCUGAAAGACAGACUACUGCUGACUUCCUAACAGCUGUCACUUCUCCAUCUGAAAGAAUAAUAAACCAGGAUUACAUAAAUAGAGGUAUCUUUGUUCCUCAAACUCCUAAGGAAAUGUGGGAAUAUUGGAGAGCCUCCGAAGAUCAUGCUGACCUAAUUAAAGAAAUUGACAGUAAGUUAUCUGAUAAUUACGAUGCUAAUCUUGCAGAAAUAAAGGAUGCUCAUGUCGCUAGACAGUCUAAGAGAGCUAGACCAUCUUCCCCAUAUACCGUAAGCUAUGGUAUGCAAAUAAAAUACUUAUUAAUUCGUAAUUUCUGGAGAAUCAAACAGAGUUCAGGUGUUACGUUAUUUAUGGUCAUAGGUAACUCGUCGAUGGCGUUUAUAUUGGGUUCAAUGUUCUACAAGGUAAUGAAACAUAAUACUACCUCCACAUUUUAUUUCAGAGGUGCUGCCAUGUUCUUCGCUGUCUUAUUUAAUGCCUUCUCAUCCCUAUUGGAAAUUUUCUCUUUAUUCGAAGCUAGACCAAUCACUGAAAAACAUAGAACAUACUCGCUAUACCACCCAAGUGCUGAUGCAUUUGCCUCUAUCCUUUCUGAAGUUCCAGCUAAACUUAUUACUGCCGUUUGUUUCAAUAUUAUUUACUACUUCUUGGUGAAUUUCAGAAGAAAUGGUGGUGUCUUCUUCUUCUAUUUCCUGAUCAACAUUGUUGCAGUAUUUGCCAUGUCUCAUUUAUUUAGAUGUGUUGGUUCUGUCUCAAAGACAUUAUCUGCUGCGAUGGUUCCUGCUUCCAUGUUAUUGCUUGGUUUGUCAAUGUAUUCCGGUUUUGCAAUCCCAAGGACUAAGAUUUUGGGAUGGUCUAAAUGGAUCUGGUACAUCAACCCACUUGCAUACUUAUUUGAAUCGUUGAUGAUCAAUGAGUUCCAUGACCGUAAAUUCCCAUGUUCACAAUAUAUCCCAUCUGGUUCAGUUUAUAAUAACGUUCCAGCUGACUCAAGGAUUUGUUCUAGUGUUGGUGCCAUUAGAGGUAAUGACUAUGUUUUGGGUGACGACUUCUUGAGAGAGAGUUACUCUUACUUGCACAAACAUAAGUGGCGUGGUUUUGGUAUUGGUCUGGCCUAUGUGAUUUUCUUCCUUGUUUUGUACUUAAUCCUUUGUGAGUACAAUGAAGGUGCCAAACAAAAGGGUGAAAUCUUGGUCUUCCCACAAAAUAUUGUUAGAAGAAUGAAAAAAGAACGUAAACUGAAGAAUGUUAGCUCUGACAAUGAUGUUGAAAUUGGUGAUGUUAGUGAUAUCUCCGACAAAAAGAUUCUUGCUGAUUCAUCUGAUGAAUCGGAAGAAAGUGGUGCUAACAUUGGUUUAUCUCAAUCUGAAGCCAUCUUCCACUGGAGAAACUUGUGUUACGAUGUUCAAAUUAAAAAGGAAACUAGACGUAUCUUGAAUAAUGUGGAUGGUUGGGUUAAACCAGGUACUUUGACUGCGCUAAUGGGUGCAUCGGGUGCUGGUAAGACUACAUUAUUGGAUUGUUUGGCGGAGAGAGUAACGAUGGGUGUUAUUACAGGUGAGGUUUCAGUUGAUGGUAAGCAAAGAGAUGACUCUUUUGCUAGAUCUAUUGGUUACUGUCAACAACAAGAUUUGCACUUGAAAACAUCGACAGUCAGGGAAUCGCUAAGAUUCUCCGCUUACCUACGUCAACCUGCUGAUGUGUCUAUUGAAGAAAAGAACCAAUACGUUGAAGAUGUCAUUAAGAUUCUAGAAAUGGAACAAUAUGCAGAUGCUGUUGUUGGUGUUCCUGGUGAAGGUUUAAAUGUUGAACAAAGAAAGAGACUGACUAUUGGUGUUGAAUUGGCUGCUAAACCAAAACUUCUGGUCUUUUUGGAUGAACCUACUUCAGGUCUGGAUUCACAAACAGCAUGGUCCAUUUGUCAACUAAUGAAGAAACUAGCUAAUCAUGGCCAAGCUAUUUUGUGUACAAUUCACCAACCUUCUGCUAUUUUGAUGCAAGAGUUUGAUAGAUUGCUGUUUUUGCAACGUGGUGGUAAGACCGUUUACUUUGGUGACCUAGGUGAUGGCUGUAAGACUAUGAUCGAUUAUUUUGAAAGCCAUGGCUCUCACAAGUGUCCACCAGAUGCUAACCCAGCUGAAUGGAUGUUAGAAGUCGUUGGUGCUGCUCCAGGGUCUCAUGCUAAUCAGGAUUACCACGAAGUAUGGAGAAAUUCCGAUGAGUAUCAAAAGGUUCAGGAAGAAUUGGAGUGGAUGUCCAACGAGCUUCCAAAGAAAAAUACUAAUAACUCUGAGACAGUCCAUAAAGAAUUUGCUACUGGUGUUCUUUACCAAUGUAAGUUGGUUUCCCUUCGUCUGUUCCAACAAUACUGGAGAUCUCCAGAUUACCUAUGGUCAAAGUUCUUCUUGACUAUUUUCAACAAUAUCUUUAUUGGUUUCACAUUCUUCAAAGCUGAUAGGUCAUUGCAAGGUUUGCAAAACCAAAUGUUAGCUGUUUUUAUGUUUACAGUGAUCUUCAACCCAUUGCUACAGCAGUAUUUGCCAUCAUUUGUUCAACAAAGAGACUUAUACGAAGCAAGAGAAAGACCUUCCAGAACAUUUUCAUGGAAGGCUUUCAUUGUUUCUCAAAUCCUUGUUGAAAUCCCAUGGAAUAUCCUAGCUGGUACUGUCGCUUUUGUGAUUUACUAUUAUGCUAUUGGGUUCUACUCCAAUGCUUCUGUAGCACAUCAACUACACGAACGUGGUGCUUUGUUCUGGUUGUUUUCGUGCGCAUUCUAUGUCUACAUUGGAUCUCUUGCUCUAUUCUGUAUUUCCUUUAACCAGGUGGCAGAAGCAGCAGCAAACAUGGCAUCCUUAAUGUUCACUCUAUCGCUAUCUUUCUGUGGUGUUCUAGUUACUCCAAAUGGUAUGCCAAGAUUCUGGAUUUUCAUGUACAGAGUAUCGCCAUUGACAUAUCUGAUUGAUGGUAUGCUUUCUACUGGUGUUGCUAAUGUCGCCAUUAAGUGUUCUAACUACGAGUUACUGCGGUUUUCUCCUGCUGCAAACUUGACUUGUGGCGAGUACUUGGGACCAUACCUACAAACCGUGAAGACUGGCUACAUUGUUGACCCAUCAGCUACAGACACAUGUGAACUAUGUCCAUACUCUCAUACCAAUGACUUCUUGAGUUCUGUUAGUUCCAAGUACUCUCGUAGAUGGAGAAAUUGGGGUAUUUUCAUUUGUUACAUUGCUUUCAACUAUAUCGCUGGUAUUUUCUUGUACUGGUUGGCCAGAGUUCCAAAGAAAUCUGGUAAACUUGCCAAGAAAUAA